GUGAGGGAAAUAAAAGAAAGAGACACUAGUGAGUAGUUUCAUUCAUUCAUCACCAAAUGGCCUCACCAGCGGCGGCGAGGUCGCCGGCGUCCACCGUCGCUUCUCCGAUCCAACGCCUCUCCACUUUCAAAAACCCCUCCACCGCCACCCCAUUCGCCGCCACCGCAUCCUCCGCACUCGAUUCCCUAGCCUCCGAUCCCAUCUUCUCCGCAUUCCUCUCACCCUCCUUCUCCUCCACCUCAUUCUCCGCCGCCGCUCUCUCCUCCGGCUCCCCUGCCUCCACCGCCGAGAAGCUCCACAACGCGAUCCGCCUCCUCGAGAAUCAGCUCCGCUCCGAGGUGCUUUCCCGCCACGACGACCUCCUCUCCCAGCUCUCCUCCCUCCACCACGCCGACCACGCCCUCUCCACCCUCCGAUCCUCACUCUCCUCCCUCCAAUCCUCCCUCCGCCGCCUCCGAUCCGAACUCUCCGAGCCUCACCGCUCCAUCGCUACAAAAACCUCCCAGCUCUCCAACCUCCACCGAACCACCGAGCUCCUCCAGCACUCCGUCCGCGCCCUCCGCCUCUCCAAGAAGCUCCGCGACCUCAUGGCAGCCGCAGAUCCGGAAAAGCUCGACCUCGCCAAGGCCGCGCAGUUCCACUCCGAGAUCCUGAGCCUCUGCGACGAGUACGACCUCGCCGGCAUUGACGCCGUCGAUGAGGAGCUCCGGUGGGUGAGGGAGAGCGGGGACCGGUUGCGAAGCGAAGCAAUGAAGGUUCUGGAGAGGGGAAUGGAAGGGUUGAACCAGGCAGAGGUUGGUACUGGGUUGCAGGUUUUCUACAAUUUGGGUGAGUUGAAGGGUACGGUGGAGCAGGUGGUGAACAAGUACAAGGGCAUGGGCGCGAAGAGCGUGAGUGUGGCGUUGGAUAUGAAGGCGAUUACGGGUUCCGGUGGAAGUGGGUAUGGUCCCGGUGGAAUCAGGGGUACUGGAACGCCUCAGAUUGGAGGAGGGGUUAAGGCUAGAGAGGCUUUGUGGCAGAGGUUGGGGACUUGCAUGGAUCAGUUGCAUUCCAUUGCUGUUGCUGUGUGGCAUUUGCAGAGGGUGCUCUCAAAGAAGCGUGAUCCCUUUACCCAUGUUUUGUUGCUUGAUGAGGUUAUUCAGGAAGGUGAUCCCAUGCUAACAGAUCGAGUUUGGGAGGCCAUUGCGAAGGCUUUUGCAAGCCAGAUGAAGUCUGCUUUCACUGCAUCAAGUUUUGUUAAAGAGAUCUUUACUAUGGGAUAUCCAAAGCUUUACUCCAUGAUAGAGAAUCUCCUUGAAAGGAUAACUCGUGAUACAGAUGUCAAAGGAGUGUUACCAGCUAUUAGUUCAGGUGGAAAAGACCAGAUGGUUUCAGCUGUCGAAAUAUUCCAGUCUGCAUUUUUGGGUCAUUGCUUGAGUCGCCUUUCAGAUCUGGUGAAUUCUGUAUUUCCAAUGUCCAGUCGCGGAAGUGUUCCCUCUAAGGAACAAAUAUCAAGAAUUAUAUCUCGCAUUCAAGAAGAGAUAGAAGCUGUUCAGAUGGAUGCACGCUUAACUCUUCUUGUUUUACGUGAAAUUGGCAAGGUUUUACUUCUUCUUGCAGAGCGAACUGAAUACCAGAUAUCCACGGGUCCCGAAUCACGUCAAGUAAGUGGUCCUGCAACACCAGCACAGCUCAAGAACUUCACAUUGUGUCAGCAUCUGCAAGAUGUUCAUGCACGAAUAUCAACUAUGCUUAAAGGAAUGCCUAGCAUUGCUGCAGAUGUGUUGUCUGCUUCAUUAGGUGCAAUAUAUGGUGUUGCCUGUGACUCAGUCACAUCUUUAUUCCAGGCAAUGCUUGACCGACUUGAGUCUUGCAUAUUGCAAAUACAUGAUCACAACUUUGGAGUGCUUGGAAUGGAUGCUGCUAUGGACAACAAUGCUUCACCAUACAUGGAGGAGCUCCAGAAGUGUAUUCUUCACUUCCGCAGUGAGUUUCUAUCUAAGUUGUUACCUUCCAGAGCUACUACUGCUAAGGGGACUGAGAACAUAUGCACCAGGCUUGUCCAGAGUAUGGCUUCACGUGUUCUAGUAUUCUUCAUCCGACAUGCUUCUCUUGUCAGACCACUUUCAGAAUCAGGCAAGUUAAGGAUGGCUAGGGAUAUGGCCGAAUUGGAGUUAGCUGUGGGCCAAAAUCUGUUCCCUGUUGAGCAACUCGGUGCGCCAUAUCGAGCACUUAGAUCCUUCCGUCCACUUAUUUUCUUGGAAACAUCCCAGCUCGCAUCUUCUCCUCUUCUUCAAGAUCUGCCACCAAACGUCAUACUUCAUCAUCUAUAUACGCGUGGUCCUGAAGAUUUGCAGUCACCACUGCAAAGAAACAAACUAACACCAUUGCAGUAUUCAUUGUGGCUAGAUUCUCAAGGGGAGGAUCAAAUCUGGAAGGGCAUCAAAGCAACACUUGAUGAUUAUGCUAUAAAUGUGAGGAGCAGAGGAGAUAAGGAGUUUAGCCCUGUUUAUCCUCUUAUGCUUCAAUUGGGUUCAACGUUAACUGAAAAGAUUCAAGCUUCCUCAAAGCCUUGAUUGAUUUUGUAGACUUGUAGUCUAGCAAAUUAAAGUGAGUUUCCAGAUUGCUUCUUCAAAGUUUUUGAAAAGGGUUUAUUAGUGUCGGAAACAUGAGGAAGAAGCCUGCUAGUUCUGCUAGCAAGCAGUGAGGUAUAAAAAUUCAUAUGAUUUAAUAGGUUUAUUUUCUUAAUUUUUAUUUCCUUUUCUUUUCAAUGGAAUUGCUAUUGUUGGUUAAUCUUGAGUUUUCUGGUUGAUUGCUGUUAUAUUCAGUGUAGAGAAAUAUAGUUUUUUGAUGGAAGAUAGAAACAAGUCAUGUUGUAUACUCCCCAAGAAUAAUGGGCAUCUAUUCGAUUAUUUCAUUGUAUUGUUUGUA